UGUAGGGAUUAUCCUGGAAUCAAACUUGGAUUAUUUCUUUUUGUCCCGUGGAGAAACUCAGUCGCUCGAGGCAAAACUUUUUUACUUCGGUUUUUGUUUUAUUUCGUUUUUUUCAAAGCAACUCAAGUUGUAAUCGACCUUUGCGAAACAGUUAAGAUAAUUUAACGGCAGUUUGGUGCACCAACUUGUAUUUUUUAUUACUGUCGUCUUCGGAGAGUCGGUCUGCAACGGGAGCCUUUCCACACCUUAGGAAUUUUACGAGGCUAGAAAAGUGUUUGUGAAGAGACCGUAAACGCGUCGGACGGAUAGCCAUUCAGCUAACUGUAGCUGCACACCCGCUGUUGUUUUUACACUUUUAUCGCCAAAAGAAGACAAGAACGAUGUUUUAACGUAGCACCCAAAUUUGCUGUGAUGGUUUCGAAGCGUAGUUAGCGUAGUAUUGGCUUUUUAUAUAAAUUCGUUUAAAGGUUUUUAUUGUUUUUAACCAAGUAAAGUUGGGAGUAAGUUGUUAGCAGUUAGCGGCUAACAGCAUAAAGAUGCCACAGCUGAGCGGCGAAGACUUGGGAGCGAACGACGAGCUCAUCCCUUUCCAGGAUGAAGGGGAGCAGGAGGAAGAGAAAAGGAGCGUCUCGGCUCACAGAGAUCUGGACGAUGUCAAGUCCUCCCUAGUCAACGAGUCGGAGACCAUCAGCAGCUCCGACUCAGAGGCAGACCGGCGACCCAAGCCCCGUUUGGACCUGGAGAACCGGGCCAGACACAGUCAGCUGUUUGAAGAAUCUCUGAGGAGGCAGCAGGAUGGCAGUCUCUUCCAACCACCGUAUGUUGGAUAUCCCUUCUUCAUGUUCCCAGACCUGGGGAACCUCUGUAAUCCUUACUUCGCCAAUGGACCACAAAUGUACCUGCCCUUUCAGUGGCCUGUACUCGACGUGCCUGGAAGAUCAGCCAUCAGAGACUCUGCUACUCCUACACAACUGUCUAACAGUGUCCCUGUGGUGCAGCGCCCCCACAUGGCUCCUCUUCACCCUCUGCUCUCCUACAGUCCGGAGGCCUUUUCCCCUCAGAGACCCUCCCCUGGCUUCUCUCCAGACACAGCAGGUGUGUCCAGGACUCUCCCCACUACCUGUUACCCCGUGUCUCCUGGAGGCAUGACUCAGAUUCCCCACCCACUUGGCUGGCUGCAAGGACAGUCCAUGUAUCCACUCCCAGGCGGGUUCUCACCUGUGGCUUUGUCAGGUCUUAUGUCCAGCAGUUUCUCCCCACGUUUGGUGUCCACCCCUCAGUCGUCCAUUCCUCACCCGGCCAUCGUCCCUACAGCUGUGAAGCAGGAGCCCGGCUGCAGCGGCCAACCAGGGAGGUCAACCAUUGACGAGGCCCAGGAGAAGGAAGAGGAGAAGAAGAACUACGUCAAGAAACCACUUAACGCUUUCAUGUUAUACAUGAGGGAGGAAAGACCCAAGGUGGUGGCUCAGUGUAAAGUGAAGGAGAGCGCCACCAUCAACCAGAUACUGGGACAACGGUGGCACUCCCUGUCGAAGGACGAACAGGCUAAAUAUUACGAACUGGCUCGUAAAGAGAGACUCCUGCACUCCAAACUUUACCCUACAUGGUCUGCCAGGGAAAACUACGGUAAAAAGAAGAAGAGGAAGAGGCCAAAGAGUGUGUCUGAGAUGGAAGAUCCUGCAGCUGACACUUCUCCAGAGGACUUGUCCCCACAGCUCAAGAGACCCUGCGCCCCGGGCGCACCUGAGACAACACCACGCACCCACUCUCAAACCCUGCUCACUGCCCCUCCCCCACAGACUGCUCACGCCCACAACAGUCGUGCCCACACUGCCUCACACCUGACCCACACCCACCUGUCCCAGGCCAGCCCCGCCUCUUCACUGGACUCUCCAGCUACACCCACCACUGCACUGGCCUCACCUGCUGCACCGGCACCAACCUACACCGAUCACACCCACUCGCCCUAUGGUGAGCAGCUGCAGCCGCUGCCCCUCACCACCAAGCCCCACAGACCACCACUCUCUCUGAACCGCAGCAGCGCCACCUCAGGGCCAUCCACACCGUCCUCCACUUCUUCUGACACUCCCACACCCUCCCCACUUGCAUCAUCAUCCACCAGUUCACCUCUUCCUCCCCCCCCUCCUCUUCUGAUGACUCAGCCUUUCUUCAUGCCGCCUCUCAGUUCUCACGGUGCCCUAACACAGUCGCAGCCGUUCUCACUCAGAAGAACCAAUCACCUGUGAGCGCCUGCACAGACUGCUGCUGAUGUUCAGACCUGGGUUUAACCCUGGUGACCUGUCUGGAAUAAGACACAUUGGACCUGCACGAGGUUCAAAUCCGAGUACGUACUGAGAUCCAAUACUAGAGCUACAGCAGAGCUGGUUUAAGGAUGAAUGAGUCCACACUCCCGUCGGACCAGUCUGUCUUGAGGACACUUGGAGACACGGACAGCUCAGCUGACGUCCUCUGACCUGCUGCAGCAGAAAGCCCCUAAGACCCUGUCUUCCGCUGACAUCUUCUGACCCACUACAUUGGGGAAUGUCUCCUGAAUUAAUGACCUCUGACCCGCUGCCACAUCAAAGAUUUUGGUUGUCACAUAGGAAAAAUCAACUUCAUUGUUUUUACAGUUCUUAGCACAUUUGUUAAUUUAUUCAAAGCUGCUGUCGCCAUGUUAUCACUGAUUGUCACUUGAAGGUUUUGUUGCCAUUUUAUAAUUUGAUUUCACAGUAAAGCAGCAAUGAUUGGAUUUAACUCAUCAGCAGCAAUGAAACCUUUUACUGCGUCCUUCGUACUCAGGCCAAAGAAACGGAUCACACUGGUCCUUGCUGACCUUCAAUGAGCUGUGGACAUGCACAUCAUCCUGAGGACCAUUCUGGACCCAGCUGCUGAAUCACUGUCCUCCUCGUUUAGUGAUAUGUCUUCUGUUGGAGGGACAUGUUUUGACAUUUGUACCAGGACAGACUUUUGUACUAAUUUGACAUGAUGUGAGGACAGAUGUGAAGAGCAGUUAUCUUCUUCGUACCUCUCUUUCCUCUGCUGUAAAUAUAUUUUUCUAACUCUUUUAUAGAUGUAUCGCAAUUUAUAUUUGGUAUAAAAAGGAUAGAACUGGUCAAUAUUUGACUUCAUGGAUACAUCAUUUUAAACCUCACUUUUUUAAAGUCUUUUCACAGAAUUUGCUUGUUCCAUAGUGAAGGUGUGCCACAGGGUGCUUGUAUAGGAACCUCUAUUUUCACCAGCUAACAUUAAGGGUUUGUCUGUUUUCUGAAUUCUUUCAUGUGUUUAAUAAAUAUUCACUGAGUUCUGA